AUUUGGAAAUUGGAAAGUAUAAUUCAUCUCUUUCUUUGGAGAGUGACUCAAUUAAUAUGGUACCAAAUUCUAUUUUAUUUUAAUAGUAUGAAAAAUAUGACAAAAUAGGUUCAUCUCCCCUCUUCCCAUUUUCUGGAAACUUUUUAUUUAUAUAAAAAUAAUAAUAGCCCCCAAAAAGGCAAAAGACCACACUCCCUCUGUUUACCAGUUUUUGGGAAACAGCUGCGCCUCCUGAACCCAGCAACCACUUUUAUUAUUUUCUCUCUCCUAUUUCCUACAUUUCUAUUUUCCUCUUCUUCGUUCAUUUAUAUAUCUUCAUACAUUCUCCUCCCUUCCUUCCCCUCAAACCAACGCCUUCUUAACCUUAACCCAUACUCUCUUUUAAUUCUCUCUAUCUGAUAAGUUUCUUGAAAAUGCGGAUGAGUUGUAACGGAUGUCGAGUGCUACGGAAAGGUUGUAGCGAGGAUUGUAGCAUUAGACCUUGUCUUCAGUGGAUUAAGUCCCCUGAGUCUCAAGCUAAUGCCACCGUUUUUCUUGCUAAGUUUUAUGGUCGUGCUGGUCUCAUGAACCUCAUCAACGCUGGUCCUGACCACCUUCGCCCUGCAAUAUUCAGGUCAUUGUUAUACGAAGCAUGUGGUAGAAUGGUGAACCCGAUCUAUGGUUCGGUUGGGUUGCUGUGGUCAGGUCAAUGGCAGCUUUGUCAAGCAGCCAUUGAAGCCGUUUUAAAAGGCGCGCCGAUCACGCCGAUCCCUACUGAAGCCGCGUCUAACUCCCCGCCUAUCCAAGGGGCUUACGACAUCCGCCACGUGUCGAAAGAUGAGCACGCCCACUCCAACAACAGCUCGGCUGCGGCUGGGUUGCACCGAGUCAAGCCGACUCGGACUCGGUUCAAGCGUGUCGGCUCCAAGUCCAAGCCGGCUUCUAAAGCCGAGUCGGCUGCUGCAACCGCUCUUCAGGUGUUGGCGGCGGCUGAGUCAACUCGGCCUGACUCGUCCGAGUUGAACGGGUCAAGCACGAGCCAUGACUCCACCGUGAGCCACCCGGAUGAACCCGGGAGCACCACGCACACGAGCUUGGUAUCGACCGAUGUAACGGUCGAUGCUGCCGAGGUGGUGGUGGAGAGGGAGAACGGUGAUGAUGGUGAGGUGGAACUCGAGCUGACGCUCGGGUUCGGGUGUGACUCUGGUGUGAAGGCCGAGUCAAUGAGUCGGAAGGUUAAUAAUAAUGAUGAUCAAGUUGUAUGUGGAAUGGGAUUAGGACUUGUUUAAUUAAAGUUUAGAUUAGUGGUUUUUAGGAAAUAGUAUUUUCCCUUGUUAACAGUUUUGGGUUUUGAAUGUACAAAACAAAGUUGACUAUAUAUUAAAAAAAAAAAAAAAAUAGCUAGUCAGAGAUGGUACGUGUUAUAUACAAAGUACUUUUGAAAUGUAGUGUAUUUUGGGGAAUUUGUAUCCAAUGGAAGUUAGAUAAACAAAAUCCUUUGUUCUACAAUAAUGAAUUAACAAUUUCUUAAUUUUUA